AUGGUCAGCCCUUUUGAUCCUUCUCGUAAUAACUAUUCCUUUACUAAGCGGAUUACGGGCGAGUCCCUCCAAGUGUUGGUGCUUGAAAAUGUUGAUCUGAAUGGAGAGGUUUUUCAGCAUAUAUCUCAUUUUCGAGGACUUGAACAACUAUCAGUGACUGGUGCAUCUGGUUUAAAUCGCAUCAGAAUGUUUGGUUCUUCUGUACGUUUGAAGUCCUUAGUGGUCAGAUAUUGUUGGAAUCUUGAGAUUAUUGAGAUCUGUGAUUUACCUCAGCUUGCUUUCUUUGAGUUUGAGGGAAGACCUAUAAGCCUGGACCUGAACUCAGUUCCAAAUCUAGUGAAAGUGUCCCUUGGCGAGGAUGACCUGGAAUUCUUAAAAGUAGCCUUCAAGCAGCUUGCUUGCUGUCUCUGUCAGCUAAGAACUCUUACUCUGGAUAACACACUUGGUUUUCUGACACAAGAGAUUGUUGUCUUUCCUAUUCCUCAGUUACCAGAGCUUGUGUGCUUGGAGUUGCGAAUCUCACCAGAUGAUGCAUGUGUGCUGUUGCAAUUGGCAUGUUUUUUGGAUGCAUCUCCUCGCUUGCAGAAGUUAGUUUUAAAGUUUGACUUUCUAGGGUCGGGGAUAAAUUUGUGGAAAGCCGAGAGCCAUCCGCACAAAAACUUAAAGGUGGUUGAGGUUAUUGGAUUCUUUGAUUGCCCAGCAGCGACUGAUAUUGUCACAUUCAUAGUGGACAAUGCUGCUGGGCUAGAAAGUCUGGUGAUCGAUCCUGUUGUCCCAUGGUGUGAGCAUCGUAGAGGAAGGAAGCCUGAUGAGUUAAUUGAGAAGGAACGAAAAGGGAGGCAGCACGCAAUGUCGCUUAGAAGUAUGCUGCCAGGCAUGGACGGUGGAAACUCUUCUAGUGAUUGA